AAAAAAAAAAAAAACACUUUGCUCACAGCUCCACUCUGUCCGCUUGCGAAUCCAACCGAUGGAACUCGCAAAUCGGCGAUAAAAUCAGCCAACGGGACGCGCCGCGCGAAUCAGCGGUUGGUGGGUUCUUCAGCGAUGUACCUGAAGAAGAGGGAGCUAUGGGGCGGCACCGCUGCAUCCAUCUCCGGCGAAGGAUCCGGCGGUGACGCUCGGGGACCCGGCCAAGCGGCAACCGGUCUGCCGCCGGAGACGGCGGCGACGGUGGGGGAAUUGGUGUCUUCCCUUGACAGACGGAGAAUGCACCGGGAGGUGACUCUUGCGCUCCGUUCAGGAAUUCGGGACGCUACGGCGGAUUUUUCUUUUCUCAGGCUUAGGGGACUCCGGAACCUUCUUAAAUCUCUCAGAUCGAUCGCGAAUUCCGACGACGCCAUUCGCGUCUUUCGUUACUCACAAACCCUUUCAGAAUUACAAGUGGUUCCUGUUCUAUUCAAUAAUAGUUUGAAGCAACUGAAAAAUGACCCGAUUGUGAAAUUGGAUCAAAUCUUUGGUGUGGAGCCUAUGAAAAUAAGCAGCCCUGCUACAGAUUCGGAAGUUGCUCUCGCUCUUAGAGUUUUGGAAGGAUGUUGUCUACUCCACCGAGGAAGUGCAGCCUUGGCUCAUCAGCAUAAGGCUGUUAAGGUUCUUAUUAACAUGUUAUCAAACCGAGGAACACUGGAGCAAGGGGCAUGCUUGGAUGCAUUAAUAUCAUUAAUGCUGGAGUCUUCAGCUAACCAGUUGGCUUUUGAGGCUUGCCGAGGCAUUGAGAAGAUUGCAGAUCUUAUAAAAGAUGAGGAGGUGGAUGAAGGCAUAAGAUUAAAGUGUGGAGAAUUCCUGCUCCUGCUAAUCGGACAUGUUAAUGGCAGAAGGGAUCACACUCCUCUCGCAAACAUCCAUGAAGACAUUAGACAACUACUAGGUGAAAAAUGUGCUUCUCUUAUCUGGGCUACUUGCCAGUUUGGUUCAAACCUCGACCCAGAGCAGCGACAGACAGUAUUACAUGUUCAUGCACGUAGGGUUCUUGAGGCCUUGGAGCUUUACUAUUGAGAGUACAUGUUAGUAGCGAGAACUUUCAGCAGCCAAGUAAUUUUUGCACAGUUUUCCUCUUCAUCCCUGGAAUGAAGCUUCAUCUCCGUGCAUUCGUUUGGGACAGCUUUUGUGCUGUUUUUUAGGACUUUUUAGUAUAAAAAUUUCAAAUUCAAGAAAUUUUUAUAUUAAAAAGCUGUUUUAUAAAGCAAGAAGAAAGCCGUCCCAAAGGAAAAUUAAGAGAUCUUAUAGGGUAAAGAAAGACAUUCUACAUUUAUUAAGUUUGCAUAUUUUUCAAGUGUUACAACCUUAUUAAUUUUAAAAAUUUGAGAAAUAUUGCAUUUAAAUUCACUGUAAUUGUAAUA